AGUUGUGAAAGAAAAAAAAACCUAAGUAGGAGCGGAGCGUCUGUCUGUGUCGCAAAAAACCCUUGUAAAACCCUGUGAAGUUUACCGGCCUAUACCUGUCGGAAAAAGGAAAAACAAUUCCAAGUCUCGCCGGCGUUUUGUCAAGGAAGAUGGCACCCAAAUUCCAAAGCAAAAAAAUUGCACCUAAAACCUCAAUGCCUAUGCAGCUUGAAGAUGAAGUUCCUGACUUUCCUAGAGGUGGGGCAACUUCUUUAAGCAGGAAAGAGUUGGAUGAAGUUCGAGCUGAGGUGGAUGCAGAGUUUGAGGCUGAAGAAAAACUAUUGAAGAAGAGGAAGAAGCAACACAAGGUGCAAAGGAGUAAUACAGAAGAUGAUUUAGGUUCCCUUUUUGGUGGUGGCAUCAAUGGAAAAUUGCCAAGGUUUGCCAACAGGAUCACUUUAAAGAAUAUAUCUCCUGGAAUGAAGCUCUGGGGAGUAGUUUCUGAAGUAAAUCAGAAAGAUAUUGUUGUCAGUCUCCCAGGAGGCUUGCGGGGGUUAGUUCGAGCAUCUGAAGCACUUCCUCCCUUUGUGGACGAUGGAGCAAAACUGUCGGAGAUGGACACUAAUUUUCUUUCUAAUGUAUAUCACACCGGGCAGCUGGUUUCUUGCAUCGUCUUGCACUUGGAUGACGAUAAGAAAGAAGUAGGGAAGAGAAAGAUUUGGCUUUCCUUGCGUCUCUCUUUAUUGCACAAGAACUUGACUCUUGACGUUAUUCAAGAAGGAAUGGUAUGUUAAUUAUCUUUUAGUUAU